UUUUAUCAAGACUUUCUUAUCUACCAUUUUAACCUCAAAUAAUACGUUGUCAAUAUAUUCUCUAUUUUUCAGUUUGUAAAACAUGUGGAGAUACAUACUUCCAAUUGGAUUUCUCUUAAUUAUAACAUGCGAAAAUGCCAAUGGACGAGAUAUCUAUUGGCGUGAGUACAAUAUUGACGUUCCAAUUGACGCCGUACCCGCUGGACACGGUUUAUAUGUUGGUCAAAGUAUUCUUGAUGGUAUUUUAACUCCGGGAACAAUAUAUCCGACAGCUGCCAAGUUUGUUACAGAACAUUAUGGAAAAAAGGAAAAAACCAAUGACAUAAAAAUAUUGUGCUCUCAAAAUCCAUUACGAUUUAAGUGGGAAUACAUAGAUGUGAGUAAUAUCCCGAAAAAUUUAGUACAUAGAUUAGUAGAAGGAGGUUACCAAAGCAACUUACGUUGGUAUAUUGGAAGGGCUUUUCAUCAAACUGAAUGGCGAAUUGGAAAGGUUGACCUUACCGGGCUAAAAAGUUUAUUAAUUUGGAAUAACGACGGUACACUACAAAGACUUUACGAUUUCGAAAUUUUAACGUAUGUUUGAAAAUCUAUAUCACCAUCGUUGUAAUUUUAGCAAAAAUAAGUUAGUGUUAAGUAUUAAGUUAUUUGUAAUUUGACAUAAAUAUUCUCAAUACUUUUGAUAGAAG